UUUAAUUUGGAUUUUCGAGCCGCGGUGGCGAGCGAUGUUCCUGAAACGAAAAUGCCGCAAGAGAAACGCCAUCCGGAGACGAGAAGGCAACGCGGCCUCGAAACGUUGGUCAUCUUCCGGCGGAGUCUUAUCUACCAGACGAAGGAGUUCUUCCAGAACUCGACGCUCCACGGAGUUCGUUACAUUGCGGAAACGGGUCGGCCGAUUGGUGAAAAGUUCAUGUGGUUCUGUUUCACGUCGAUUGGAGCGGUAACCGCUCUGGUGAUUAUAAUGAGCCUUUGGGAGAAGUUCCAGACCAAUCCGACCAUCACGGGCCUGGACACGGACUUCCACAAUCAGAACGUGGUCUUCCCAACCACCGUCGUCUGUCCGGAGGCGGCCUUCGAUCACGACAAGUCCUACAAGGCGGUUUUCGAGACACUUGCAAACUCGGACGAAGCUCAGGCUCAAAUGUAUUCACCUUUCCUGAGACUUUUAACCUCUUUGAGCUUCGACAGCAUUCGAGAUGCGAAGAUCCUGUCCCAGUCGAUCCCACAGGACCGACUCGAUGCGAACACCAUUCGGCAAUGGGCCUUCGAAGGACACAUCAGCUGCGAGAACACCUUCGUGUCCUGCAAGUAUCGCGAUGAGGAUAUAACCUGCUGCGAUCACUUCCAGCCCAUUUACACGGAACACGGAUUUUGCUACGCCUUCAACAGCCGUUUCCAGUCCACGCCAACAGAGGACGUCAAGACGGGACCACCUCAUGAUCUCUACGAAACCGACAAGAAGUGGGCACUUUUCUUUGUGCCCAACAGCACUUCUAAGAUCUUCAUCUUUUCAAAUGAGGAAUACUUUGGCUCGGACUUCAAUGCACAAGUUGACUGGGCGGAGACCCAGCUGGUGGAGGUGAGGAUCUCGAAGAAGAACACCUACACCACGGACGACGCCCGCCAGUUGUCCAUUGGCCAGAGGAAGUGCAUCUUCAGCGACGAGGUGAAGCUCAGCUACUUCCCGGAUGCGUACACCUUCUCCUCCUGCAUGAAGCAGUGCCGCAUGAACAAGGCCAUCAAGCUCUGCAAAUGCAAUCCGCCCUUCUACAAGCCCAUAGCUAAUGUGCCUAUGUGUUCGGUCAAGGACUUCGAUUGCCUCGAUGAGUUCAAGGCAAACAUCACAAACAUCAAGGAUUGCCUGCAGUGCGAACUCAGCUGCUCGAAAACCGUCUUCAACAUCGACAAACUCAUCAAAGUAUCCGAUCGACCAGAGAGCACCGGUGUGUUGGUGGAGUUCCUCACCUGGCCGAUUAUCCGCUACAAACGUGAGGUCCUUUUCGGAUGGGUUGAUCUGCUGGUGUCCUUCGGCGGAAUUGCCAGUCUUUUUCUUGGCUUCUCCCUGCUUUCCGGCGUGGAGAUCAUCUAUUAUUUCACAUUGCGAGCCUGCUGCAUGGUCUAUAAAAAUCGGCAAGAGCUUUAUGAAAUCGAAGAGCGAAUCCGACGGGAACCACCGCCGCAAAUAGAUUUAAAAUUGGGUUGGCGUUCUCAUUCGAGACCAAGUAAUAUACCCACUUCGGGGGUUCUCAAGGUGAAUCCUGCGCCGGAAAACGUAAAACAGAAUCCCAUACAUAUCCAUCAUAGAAAGCAGGAAAAGGACUAUUCAAUCCACACAAAGAACUUCUAUAAAAAACCAAAGGGUUUGAGCGACCAUGGAUACAUUUCAAAAAAUUCUUGGACAGCUUACGAUCACUCGCAAUAUAUGCCCUAAAAUUAAAGAAGAAUAAAAGGAUAUAUAUAUAAUAAAAAAAAACCCAAAAAAAAGGAGAAGAACAUAAACCUUAAAGGAAGAAAUCAGCUUUUCUUGCACCAGCCGCUGCGGAAAGUGAAUACACAUAACUUGUAGCUCUAUUUUUUUUUCCAAUAUAUAUAUUGUAUCACCAACAUG